AUGCCGCCCGCGAUGGCCGGGCCCACGGUCUCCCUCCGGGAGCUGGCCGACCUGGCCAUCGGCACCCCGGAGGUGGGUGCCGUCAACUUCACAGCCCUGCACACGCUCAUCGUGGCCAUGCUCAAGAACCUCAACCUCCAGGAGACACGGAUCCGCUUCGACUCUCUGUCGCCGGAGCCGAGCCACUCGCUGGAGUCCGCGCGGGUCUCGCUCAGCACCCCACAGCCGGGCAAGCAGCCCUCGGCGCCCUCGGCGCCCUCGGCGUCCGCGGCCGCGCUCCGGGAGAGGCGGCGGAGCGUGAGCAGGCCUGCCCCGCAGCCGCUGGAGAGCCAGGUGAAGGACCUGAGUGUCCAGGUGCAGGACCUCGGCAAGCAGCUCAGGACCAUCGACAGCCAGGUGCAGGGCAUCGUCACGCACGUGCAGCACAUGUCCCAGGCCGAGGGGCUCGACGUGGACACCCGGGAGUGGCUGCAGGAGAAGCUCGUGGCCAUGCCAUUGCAGGAGAGGCCGUCGCAGGAGAGGCCGUCGCAGGAGAGGCCGUCGCAGGAGAGGCCGUCGCAGGAGAGGUCGCAAAUUGGCCUGACGAAAACCGUGAAGGACACCGCCAUGGCGGAGAUCAGCCCCGCCAAGGAGCUCCGCCAGAAGAUUGAUGAUCUAGAGAAGCUGAUCAGAGAUCGGGAUGAAUUCCUGGACCGAAUGGGCCGGAGGCUGACUUUGGUUCCUGGUGAAGAAGUCACCAUGGUCACCUGGGAAGAGCUGGAGCAAGCGAUCACUGACGGCUGGAGAGCGUCACAAAUGGGCUCAGAAACAGUAACAGGACUUUCUAAGCGCAGAGCGCGGACUACUUCCUUGACAUCAAGUGAUCCGAUUCCAAGUGGAGUCUCUACCAAGCAGCCAAGUGCUGAUCAGUCUCUGGAUUAUUCUGGUGGUUUGGGCCCAGAUCAGACCUUAUCAGGAUCUGGUAGCACAGGAUACCACGCUGAGGGGGCUACUAGCAGGGAACGAGGCAGGGGCCCCUCUGCUGCUGGUAGAGAGCAGCACCCCAGGGCCCGUGAUGAAGCUGGCAUGUCGAGACACCGCCAGCCUUCUGCAUCCCAGUUCAGAGGGGACUCAGAUCGUCAGAAGAGUAGAGAGAAGUUCUCCUUAACACAUCCAAGAAGAGAUGAACGAGAUGCACACCCUGGCCCAGUUCAACAGGAUUUAACCUCGACCAGAGAUCGGCAUCAAUACACGCGCCCAGAUCAGCAAGGUUGGGUUCCCAUUAGCCAGGGUCAAGUCUAUCUAAGGCCAGAUUAUCCUGGAUUAGGACCAACUGGCAUGGAUCAGCCUGGAUUGCUGUAUCCUAGCACUUCUGCACAUGGUGUGGUACCCCUCAGCAUGGGUCAGCUUGGUGUGAUACCACCGGCAAUGGAUGAUCAAGGAUUUGUACCACUUGUCACAGAUCAGCAUGGUGUGGUGCCACCAUUGGUACCUGGCAGAGAUCAGCAUGAAUUGGAAUCACCUAGUAUAGGCCAGCCUAUUAUGGUUCCACUCAUCACAUAUCAGCAUGUUAUGAUACCUCCUGGCACAGACCAACGUGGUGUGGAACGACUUGGCCUGGAUCAGCAGGGAUUGAUACCACUUGGCCUGGAUCAGCAUAGACUAGUACCCCCUGGCAUGGAUCAGCAAGGAUUGGUACUGCCUGGCAUAGAUCAACGUGGACUGGUUCCACCUCUUACAGAUCAGCAUGGUUUGGUAUUGCCUAGUUUGAUGCAAGUUAGUAUAGAUCAGCAAGGUUUCGUACAGCCCAGUUUGGAAGCAACUGGCUUCAUACAGCCUAGCACAGAGCAGCAUGAUUUUAUCCGGCCUGGUGCAUAUCAGCCUGGAUUGGUCCAACCUGGUAUGGGUCAGCAUGCGUUGCUGCAGCCUGGAAUGGAUCAGUCUGGUUUGGUACAACCUAGCACAGGUCAGCGUGGUUUGGUCCAGCCUAGCCCAGAUCAACGAGGUUUGGUGCAGCCUGGCGCAGGUCAGCCGGGUUUGGUAACUCCUGGUGCAGGUCAGCCGGGCUUGGUACCUCCUGGUGCAGGUCAGACUGGCUUGGUACCUCCUGGUGCAGGUCAGCCUGGCUUGGUACCUCCUGGUGCAGGUCAGCCUGGCUUGGUACCUCCUGGUGCACGUCAACCUGGUUUGGUACCUCCUGGUGUAGGUCAGCCUGGCUUGGUAACUCCUGGUGCAGGUCAGCCUGGCUUGGUCCAACCUGGUGCAUAUCAACCUAGUUUGGCACAACCUGGUACAGAUCAGCACACUUUGGUCCAGCCUGGUGCAUAUCAGUUUGAAGUGGUGCAACCUGGUAUAGAUCAGCAUGGUUUGGCCCAAUCUGGAAUGGAUCAGCAUGGUUUGGUCCAGCCUGGUGCAGAUCAGCAUGGUCUGGAACAACGUGGUGCAGUUCAACCAGGUUUGGUGCAACCUGGUGCCGAUCAGCAUGGUUUGCUCCAACCUGGAAUGGAUCAGUCUGGUUUGGCACAACCUGGUACAGACCAGCGAGGUUUGGCCCAACCUGGAAUGGAUCAGCAUGGUUUGGUACAACCUGGUGCAGACCAGUGUGCUUUGGCACAACCUGGAAUGGAUCGGCGUGGUUUGGUCCAACCUGGAAUGGUUCAGCGUGGUUUAGUGCAACCUGGUGCAUAUCAGCGUGGUUUGGUCCAACGUGGAAUGGAUCAGCGUGGUUUGGUGCAACCUGGAAUGGAUCAGCAGGGUUUGGUCCAACCUGGAAUGGAUCAGCAGGGUUUGGUGCAACCUGGAAUGGAUCAGCAGGGUUUGGUGCAACCUGGUAUCUAUAUGCCCGGCUUGGUUCAACCUGGUGCAUAUCCUCCUGGUUUGGUACAACCUGGUGCAGAUCAGCAUGGUUUAGUGAAACCUGGUGCAGAUUCACGUGGUUUGUUUCAAUCUGGUGUCUAUCCUCGUGGUUUGGUUCAACCUGGUGCAUAUCCACGUGGUUUGGUGCAGCCUGGAAUGGAUCAGCGUGAUUUGAGACAACCUGGGGCGGAUCAGCAAGGCUUGAUAGCACCAGGCACAGAGCUUCGUGGCUUUCCAACAUUCCACGCAGAUUCUCAGAGUUCUUGGUCACCACACCCAUAUCAGCAUGGUGCGGUACCUCCUGGCAGAGAACAACAUGACCAGGUGUCACCACUACUAGCCAGUGAAGGUUUGGCAUCACCAGGUAAAGACCAAAGGGGUUUGGUACCACCAGAAACUUAUCAGCAAGAUUUGUUGCAUCGUGGCACAGACCAGCAUGGCCCCACACCAUUAAGCACAGGUUUGGGAUCUGUACACCCAGAUCAACAACAUUUGAUACCACCUGGCCCAGGUCAGCCUCGCCGGGUAGACACAAGUGCAGAUCAGCAUGGCCAGGUACGUUUGGAUCCAAUGGAUGCCUCACACCAACUUGGAGUUCCUACCCAGACUGCCCCAGGCCAAGAUGUCACCUUUUUCAGGCAUUCAGACUCCCUCACCCGAGUCUCAUCAGAAGGGAGUGAGACCUGGUGUGAGGCCCAGAGUGAUCGACGCGAUUCCCUAGAUAAAUUGGCUCCCAGUUUCCCCAUAGCGAUGGAAACAUUUCGUCUGAUGGGAGAGCUCGUCGGCCUCUAUGUGGAGCUGAAGGAGAAUAUGAAGGAUCUGAAUGAGGAGCAAGCUGGCCAAACUGAUCUGGAGAAGAUACAGUACCUGCUGGCGCUCAUGGUCAAAAAGACCAUACCACCUGACCUGCAAGAACAGCUGAAGACAUUAAAGACUUUGACCAAAGAAGUUCGGCAGGAAAAAGCAAAACUGGACCGGUUGCAAAGGAUCAUGGAGGGCGAAGGGGAGCAAGAAGCGGGGAAGGAGUUGAAAAGUGGCCAGCUGAGCUUGCAGCUGGGUGUCCUCAGAGUCACUGUGGCUGACAUCGAGAAGGAGCUGUCCGAGCUGAGGGAGAGCCAGGAGCGGGGCAAGGCCGCCAUGGAAAAUUCGGUCUCCGAAGCCUCCCUUUACCUGCAAGAGCAGUUGGACAAGCUCAGGACGAUCAUCGAGAAUAUGAUGGCCUCCUCCUCCACGCUGCUGUCCAUGAGCAUGGCCCCGCACAAGGCCCUGACGACCCUAGCUCCUGGCCAGAUCGACCCUGAAGCCACCUGUCCAGCUUGCAGCCUGGAUGUGAGCCACCAGGUCAGCAUGCUGGUGCAGCGCUAUGAGCACCUCCAGGACAUGGUUAACAACCUGGCUGCCUCCCGGCCCUCCAAGAAAGCCAAGCUCCAGAGCCAGGACGAGGAGCUGCUGGGCCACGUGCAGAGCGCCAUCCUGCAUGUGCAGGGCGACUGCGAGAAGCUCAACAUCACGACCAGCAACCUCAUCGAGGACCAUCGGCAGAAGCAGAAGGACAUUGACGUGCUGUACCAGGGUCUGGAGAAGCUCAAAAAGGAAAAGGCCAACAGGGAGCACCUGGAGAUGGAGAUCGACAUGAAAGCUGACAAGAGUGCCCUGGCCGCCAAAGUGAGCCGCGUCCAGUUUGAUGCCACCACGGAGCAGCUGAACCACAUGCUGCAGGAGCUGGUGGCCAAGAUGAGUGGGCAGGAGCAGGACUGGCAGAAGAUGCUAGACAAGCUCCUCGUGGAGAUGGACAGCAAGCUGGACCGCCUGGAGCUGGACCCACUGAAGCAGAUGCUUGAGGACCGGUGGAAGUCGCUGCGACAGCAGCUCAAAGAGCGCUCUCCGCUGUACCAGGCCGACGAGGCAGCCGCCAUGCGGAGGCAGCUCCUGGCACAUUUCCACUGCCUCUCAUGCGACCGCCCCUUGGAGACACCUCUCACCGGACAAAUCAUGCCCCUGACACCUGUGGGUCCGGGCCUGCCGGGGCACCGAUCCAUGCGCCCCUACACGGUGUUUGAGCUGGAGCAGGUCCGGCAGCAGAGCCGCAACCUCAGGCUGGGCAGUGCCUUCCCUCGGGGCGACCUGGCGCAGAUGGAGCGGAGCGUGGGGCGCCUGCGCUCCAUGCACUCCAAGAUGCUGAUGGACAUCGAGAAGGUGCAGAUCCACUUCGGGGGCUCCGUCAAGGCCAGCAGCCAGAUGAUCCGUGAGCUGCUGCAGGCCCAGUGCCUCAGCUCCCCCUGCUACAAACGGGUGCCGGAUGACUACACCUACUCGACCGUGCCCCGGCGCUGUGGGGGCAGCCACACCCUCACCUACCCGUACCGCCGCAGCCGCCUGCAGCACCUGUCCCAGGGCCUGUGUCCUGCUGAGGAGAUCCAGAUUGCCAUGAAGCAUGACGAGGUGGAUAUCUUGGGCCUGGACGGACAUAUUUACAAGGGACGGAUGGAUACAAGGCUGCCAGGCAUCCUGACCAAAGACACCGCAGGGAUCUCAAAGCACAAGUCCAAGCAGUCCCGGCCCCACAGGCAGCGGUCCCUCAGCGACAGCAGCCAGCUGCCCUCUCGGCCUCAGAGUGCUCAGAUGUUGGCCGGCAACAAUUCAGGUAGCUUCCUUCUGGAGGGAGUGUUCUUCCUGGUGGCCUUGGCUCUGCCCCAGGCCUCUCCUCCUUGCGCCGCUGGCCCCCUUUCCUGCCCGUGCUGGUUUAUACCUGUUUCCCUGGAGAGAAGGGCCUGGGAGCCAAAGGAUGGGACGGGAGGAGAAAGAGAGAAAACCCCUAGUGACUGA